UGGCAGAUUUGACUUGUGUGAUGUUUUGGUUUUUUUAAUUUUAACUCGAAAUAUUUUUUAUAUUAACUGAUGCAACGUAAUUUCUCGGAAGAAAUCAAAUACGAAUCUUGUAAUCGAAAAAUGAUUACGUAUAUUUAAAAAUGAAGUAUUCUGUAGUGUGAAAUAAUAUAUUAUGUCUGAUGAUACUACGAGGACGUGAAUGUUAUAAAAUGCCGUGCGAAAGCUGUGCGGUGCAGUUCAGCGUAUUUAAAAGGAAACGAGCUUGUUCAGAAUGUGAACGAAACUACUGCAGCGGGUGCUUGCGGAGAGGUGGUGGUACAAUGUGUGGGCCCUGCAGGGUGCUUUCUACUCGACCCCUAUACAGGCAGAGUAUCUCCCAUUUAAAAGUUCGUGACCUCCAAUACUUCCUUCAACGACAGAAUGUAUCCACCAGAGGCUGCGUCGAAAAGGAGGAGCUAGUGAGCCUUUGCGUGUCGCACGUCAACAGCGCGGCGUACCGGCGGCGCGGGCCGCGCGCGGGCGCCAGCCCCUUCAGCUCGCUCAAGGGGCUCACCACCAACAUCAACGACUUCAUCAACUCCGCCUUCGACCUGCGGAACCCGGCGCACCCGGCACCGCCCGCCGACAGAAGCAGCUGCUUCAACUCGUCGCACGCACACUCGCCCACCAACGGGACCGCGGCCGACGCCAACAUCCCCGACCGGCGCUUCACACCGACGCCAGGCGGCGAACGGGACGUACGAGUCUCCGCGUCCGAGACCGAGCCGGCGGCCGAGCGCGGGGCGGAGGCCGACGCCGAGCGGGAGCCCGAGGUGCCCGUGGACACCACCGACUGCUUCGAGAUCGAGGACCUGGACGACACCGGCUGGGAGUUCAUCACGCGGCCCGCCGCGCCGCUGCCCAACGACUCGGAGGUGCUGCUGGCGGCGCUGCGCGGCUCCCCGCGGCGCGCGGCGUCCGAGCUGGAGCUGCACACGCCCGACGGCAGCGCGGCCUCCGCCGGCAGCGCCAGCCUGCAGGACGAGCCGCAGCUGCGCGACCCCGCCGACCCCGCCGGCCCCGACGCCCCCGACCUGGGUAACCAUAGUCCGAAGCACCUCACGCUGGAACAGAUAAAGCAGGCGACGGACCUGGACCUCCUGAGCGUGAAGCAGCUGAAGGAGCUGCUGACGAGGAAUCGCGUCGAGUUCCGCGGCUGUCUCGAGCGAAAGGACCUGCUCGAGCGCGCCAAGACGCUUUGGGCCAACCACGUCAAGUAUAAAGAUGAAAUCGACAACCUUCCGUUCGAGGAGAGCUGCAAGAUCUGCAUGGCGGCGCCGCUGGAGUGCGUGCUGCUGGAGUGCGGGCACAUCGCCGCCUGCACGGCGUGCUCCAAGCAGCUGGCCGAGUGCCCCAUCUGCCGCCAGUACGUCGUGCGCGCCGUGCGCUUCUUCCGCUCCUAGCUCGGCGCCCGCCGCCACCCGCCACCUACCACUCGCCACCCGCCAUCACCGCCACCGCCACCGCCACCGCCGGCCGGCGCAGGCGCCUGCUAGGCUAGACUCGGUUAUGUUUCUAGACUUCCAUUUCUUCCUUUUAAUGAUAUAGUCAUCUAGUGGAUGGCAUGGUUUGUUGCUCUGAACACGUAAAGAAAUAUCGCGAGAAAAUUGACCGCAACACGCAAGAUGUUGGUGUACGACAGCGUAUAUUUGCAAUAAUUCAUAUCGAUUGUUUAAAAGUCCUAGUAAAACUAGUGAGACCUAUUGAAGUCAUUAGAAGUGAUUACAAUCGAAAAAUCUUAUUAUACUUAACUUUAUAUAAGAAAAUAGUCAAUUUUCUAACAGUAAUUUUCUCAAUGAAAUGUAUAUUUUGGUUCCCCUCCGUGACGUUCCUGCUAGUUCGGUUUGUGAGUCGUAAAUCUCACUAACUCAAAGCUCCCGGGAGCUCGGCUGCUAGUUUU